CGAAAACCGCGUCAACGACGUUAGAGAUUCAUCGGUGGCAAUAGGAAAGUUCUGGGGCUUCAAGGGAUCCAAGGUAUAUAUACCUUUAAACGAAUCGUCGAAGCCAAACGUGUGUAGCACGAUGGAAAAUUCACUUAGGCACCGUUUGAAAGAACGUCGCGACCGCCUAGCGACGAGGUUGGACGCCAUAGAAUCCGAAUGUACAACUGGCAUACUAGAAUCUAGGAUUAAACAGUACGCAUCCGAAUUGAAGGACCUCGCAGAUAAACUGGAUACAGAAAGCAAGUUCUAUUUAACUACAUCAAAAUCCAUAGAUGAAGAUGUAAUCAAAGACUGUAUGGAUGUGCAGCUUAGAUGUGAGGAUACCAUAUUGACUUUGCAAAAUACACCAACCACCUCUUACUGCAGUACUAAAUUGCCUAAGCUUGAACUCUCAAAGUUCGAUGGGAAUAUGACAAAAUGGUUUGAGUUCUGGGACAAAUUUGAGGCAAACAUAGACCUCAAGCCCUUGCCCGAGGCAGAUAAAUUUUCAUAUCUGUAUGGAUGUCUUGAAGGAGAGGCCUUGAAAGCUAUAGCAGGGCUUACCAUUACUAAUGAUAACUACUCAGUUGCGGUAAGAAUACUUAAGGAAAGAUUUGGAGCUAAGUCUCGAGUGAUAGAUGCACAUUAUAAGUUCUUGUCAACAUUACCUCCAGCCAAGUAUAAUUUCCAAGAGUGCCGAUACCAGCUAGAUGCUAUCGAAACCCACCUGAGGGUGUUGAAGACUCUUGGUGAAAAUAUAGAAGGAAACCACCUCAGAGUGACUAUUAAUGAGAAAUUCCCGGAUCAGGUCAUGUAUCAAGUCAACCUUCGUGUGGGAAAAGAACCGACUGUGGCACAGGUACGAGAAACACUAGAAUUAGUUAUAUCAGCUAUGGAAAAGUCUGGAAUGGCAGGGACUAUGCAAGAACUUGAUGAGAAAAUAGCUAUAGGUGUUACAACAGAGGCUCUUCAUAUGAAGGUUGAAACAUUGAAGUCAAAAAAGGAACCUAUGAACUAUAUACGAAAGGGCACAAAAAGAUUUAGCAAUGACAAUGACAACUCGCAUUCUCUACCUACUAAGAGGCAGAAGAGAGAUAGACCUUGUCUGUUUUGUGACCUGUUAAACCACAAGAGUGAAGACUGUCGGCGAGUUAAAACAAUCAAAGCAAGGCAAGAUAAAAUUAGAGAGGCUGGCAGAUGUCUAAAUUGUCUAUCAAAGCAACAUAAAGCUAAGGACUGCAAUAAGAAAAUAUCCUGUUUUCGGUGCAGCAACAAUCAUUUGAAGAUUUUCUGCCCACAGUCUGCGGAUCAAGGUGAGGAUUGUAAUGAUUUUUCUUUAAAUCAUUCGAACACGAUCUGCAACUUAUCUAAUUUUACAUAUUUGCAGACGGCAGUGGGAAAUAUAAGAAAUCCAAACAACCCCUCAAAGCAAUUAAAGGGGCGCCUGCUCCUUGAUAGCGGUAGCCAAAGGAGUUAUAUUACAAAGAAGAUUGCAAAUGAACUUGAUUUGAUUAGUGAUAAAGAAGAUUUACUAUUAAUUUAUACCUUUGGUGCUACUAGUCCCAAGGAGACAUCAAGUCCGCUUUCUGAAAUCAUAAUAGAAACCAAGAGAGGGAAUUAUAAAAAAAUACAUGUGAAUAUUGUUGAUCGGAUAACAGAAAAGGUUCCUAUUGCAAAAUAUGUAAACAAAUCAAUUGACAUACCUGCUGAUGAUGGAUCUGCUGGUGAGGAUAUACAUCUUCUUGUUGGAAAUGAUUACUACAGCUCAUUCAUGAGAGAUGGGAAAAUAGAAAUGUCUCCAAAACUGUUUUUGAUCAAUACUGACUUUGGCUGGAUUCUCUCAGGCAACACCAACGUUGAAGAAGAGACUUCUGCCCUGACCGUGAACACAUAUUGUCAAUGUCAUGUACCAAGUUGCCCAUACUUCGCAGAACCUGACCUACCACUAAGAAGUAUUGAUGUCAACUUCCUAUGGUCCCUAGAAAGUAUUGGUAUAAUGGACAAUCCUAAGGCUACAAGACAAGAGGAAGCUGUGAAACACUUCAUGGAGACUGUCCAGUAUCACAAUGGUCGUUACCACGUAAAAUGGCCUUGGAUCCAGUAUCCUCCUGAAUUAUCUUCCAACUUUGGUCUUGCAAUUGGUAGACUAAAGAGCAUGCUAAAUAAGAUGGAUGAAGAAACACUUCAUGAAUAUGACUCCAUACUGAAGGACCAACUACAGUCUGGAAUAAUAGAAGAAAUUGAUCCAAAACAGAACCAGGGAUCCGAUCAGCUGAUUCAUUAUCUUCCACAUCAUAUGGUCAAACAGAAAGGAAAAAAGGGAAGACUUGUUUAUGAUGCUUCAGCGAAGACAUCAGGUCAGAAAAGUCUCAAUGAAUGUCUCUACAGCGGGCCUUCUUUCCUUGAAGAUAUGACAGGAUUGUUGCUUAAAUUCAGGAUGAAGAAAAUAGGAGUGAUGGCUGACGUUGAAAAAGCAUUCUUGCAAGUCGGGCUCCAAGAUGAAGAUUGUGAUGUGACAAGAUUCUUAUGGAUCAAAAAAUUAAACAAAGAACCAACCGAUGAUAACCUGAUGUAUUUACGAUUCUGUCGCGUUCCUUUUGGAAUUAUAUGCAGUCCUAUGUUGCUCACCGCUACAAUCAGACAUCAUAUGGCCCAGUCAACAUCAGGAGAUCUGCUGAGAAACAUAGCUGACAAGUGCUAUGUGGAUAAUCUUGUUACUAGUGCUGACACUGUUCAUGAAGCUAGACAAAUUUAUGAACAGACAAGACAGUCAUUUAUACAGCUGGGUAUGAAUAUCAGAGAUUGGAUCUCCAAUGAUGAAGAGCUCAUGAGUACUAUUCCAAGAGUACAUCAAGCAGAUCGGCAAGAAGUAGUAAAGGUACUUGGACUUUCUUGGGAUGUGAAGAGAGAUACCCUGAAACUGAAGGUAUCUGAAGACUAUUUUCAACAAGAUCCGUUAACCAGUACUAAGAGGACAGUACUUCGUGAUAUAGCCAGAAUCUACGAUCCUCUUGGAUUUGUAUGCCCUUUAGUACUACCUAUGAAGAUACUGUUUCAAGAUAUCUGCAAACUUAAGCUGAAAUGGGACGUAGAGCUGCCCGAUAACCUGAAACAAGUGCUGAAGGAUAACCUAGACGUUCUACGUCGAGUGCAGGAUGUAGAGCUUCCAAGAUAUGUAGGAACCGAUUCUCCUGAUACAAGAUACCAGAUACAUGCCUUCACAGAUGCUUCAAAAAAUGCAUUUAGCUGUGUUGUGUACAUUAGAAGUGAAAAUAGACACCAAGUGAUAGUGUCCUUCAUGAUGGCUAAGUCACGUAUAUCUAGAAUCGAGGACAAGAACGAAUUGAAGAUCCCACGAUUGGAACUCCUAGGAUUCCUGAUUGGAAGCAGAAUGUUGACAUAUAUCAAACAUAACAUAGAUUAUAAUAUUGAAAAGCAAUAUCUGUGGACUGAUAGCCUCGUAGUACUGGGCUGGAUGAAUUCUAGCAAACUGCUUCCUCCCUUUGUGGCAAACAGAAUAAAUGAAAUUAAGAAGAAUCAUCCUGAAACAGAAAUGUGCUAUAUCAGUACCAAAUCUAACCCUGCAGAUAUUGCCACCAGGCCGGAACUCUGGGAAGAGAAGAAAGAACUUUGGUUGAACGGUCCAAAUUUCCUUAAACAAUCCGAAACACAAUGGCCUGAGAACCGACACUAUAUUAUUCAUCAGUCACUUCUUUCUCUCGGGGAGGUCCCUCACGGGGAAAACCUGGAAGAGAAGGAUACACCACCUGAAAGGAACACGGAAGAGUUGAGUACUCAGAUUAAUGAAGGCGAAGAUCUUGAUGAAUCCAUGGGAAUUGAUAAUUCUGUAUCUGGACACAAACCUGAAUCCACAUGGCAUAAUGAAACUGUCAUAGACAUAAAGAAAGUUCAAGCCGAACACUUUCCAGAAGAACUGGCAGGUAAGAGGACACAUCUUUCAAGAAAUUUUGAUCUUUUCUUGGAUGUAGAUGGUGUACUCAGGUGUCGAGGUCGUAUGACUAACACAACGUGGAAUUACGACAUGAGGUACCCAGUUUUGUUGCCAAGAGAUAGUGAGUUUACAAAGAGGAUCAUAUCAGAAACUCAUGAGAAAAAUUAUCAUGUUGGCGCAGCUCACACUCUGAGUAUCAUUCGUGAACGUUACUGGAUACCCCAGGGGAAGUCUCAGGUGCAAAAAGUGAUCAGAAGAUGUCUACAAUGUACGAAACAUAGUGGUGGACCCUACAAGCUCCCACCUACUCCAGCCUUACCCCCAGAGAGAGUCAAUUACAGUGAUCCUUUCACAUUUACCGGCGUGGAUUACCUCGGCCCUUUGUUUGUGACCACACCUACUGGAAAAGAAAAGAGAUGGGUAGCGCUGUUUACAUGCCUUGCAGUCCGGGCGAUUCAUCUAGAAAUUGUGAAGGAUCUGACAGCUGACGAGUGCCUGCUAGCCAUGAGAAGAUUUGCCGCAACACGAAGAGCGCCAAAACGCAUAUAUUCUGAUAAUGCUACAUGUUUUAAGCUUACUUCGGAAGUCAUGUCAAAACCAUAUUGCGUGGAAAACAAAAUUGAAUGGAAAUUUAUUCCACAACUGGCGCCAUGGCAUGGUGGAUUUUAUGAGAGGUUGGUUGCUCUAGUAAAACACUGUCUCAAGCGUACUCUUGGAAAACAUCUACUAAAUGACGGCAAACUAAUCACUGUAAUAAAAGAGAUAGAGGCAGUUGUAAACUCCAGACCGAUUACACAAGUUGGAACAGAGUUGGAACACACAUUGCGACCAGCUGACUUCCUUAGUCUGAAAGGGUGUUUGAUGAUAGAACCAGCAUCAUUGGAAUUACCUCCCGAGGGCACUACAGCAAAAUUAGAUCUCAUCCAAAGCUGGAAACGAGGGCUCAAAAUCAUCAAUGAGUUUAAACAAAUGUUUAUCGGUCAAUAUCUGUUGAGUUUGAGAGAACGAUCCAAACAUCUGCCCAAACAACCAAGGACUAAGUCUCAUCGCACCCCGCAGGUAGGCGAUAUAGUACAGAUAUGGUCAGAUUCAAAGAACAGAGAAUCUUGGAAGACUGGGAAAAUAAUCGCCUUGAUGAAAGGAAGUGAUAACGAAUGCCGAGUGGUAAAGGUGAAGACAAAGGAUUCUGUCCUCAUACGCUCUAUUGGACAUCUAUAUCCGCUGCAAGCAGAUGACAGUGAUGGUCAUAGUCACGUUGAGGAGGGAAGCAAGGAUCCUGAACCAACGAAUUUGAGUUCAGACGUAGUUCACACAAACUUGCAAGAGCGUGAGGAAUCUCAAGAAGGAUUAGAAAGCUCUGAAUCCCGAGACCAAACAGAUAUCACUGGCGAAACGUCUCAAAGCGACACAAAUGGUUCAUCUGAUGCACUGGAUCAACAAGAUAUUGAUGCGACUGAAAUAUCUGAAAAGCAAGAUGAUGAAAGUGUUGACACUGAGCAGGAUACCCUUGCUCCGAGAGAUGAAGUAGUGGAUCCACCGGCAGUGGAUGGUGCAUUGAGGAGUAGAAGAGGCGCGGCCAUUCGAGCUUCGGAGCGGAUCCGAGAGAUGACGCGUCACCUACUUACUGUGCUGCAAUGAUGUCACUUCUUCUCUCGUGGGAGUGUCGCGAAAUGCGAGGACAUUAGCCAUAUGGUAAGUGCACACUACUGAUAUUGUUCUGUGGCAACUCUAGAAUUGACUUGACAAUAUGACUUUGACAUGGACUUGACAGAUUUUUGGCUGUGUGUGCACUUUUAAGU